CUGAUGUCACCAUGCCCGUCUCUCUUAGUGUCUGGCGUGUCAGGAUCGGCACGUAUCUCGGGAGGUAUCGUCAUGACCCGAAGAAAGAAACUGAACAAUCAAACGAAAAUGACAAUGCCAAUAGCAAUAACCCAUCUUGCAAUGGUUCUUCAAAAGAUGAAAAUAGCCAAAAUGUCAACAAGUCUUCUCAACAACCCCCGUCUUCAGACGUUGUAGACCUGAAAACCUCCCAAACCGAAUUUCCAACUAACAUCGACAAUACAAAAGUCGAUGUGUAUGGUCAGACUCUGUCGACUUUGGCUAUUCCUGGUUGUGCCGCCGUCAAUGGAUCAUCGUGUGAUAUCAAAAGCCCAGACAAAGAAUCCAAUCCUGUACCGGAUCCUUCUGACGCUAAACCUACCAACCCUUGUGACGAAGACGAGUUGGACAUGAGAUAUAUAACCAUUCCUCACGCAUCACGUGAACUUAGUAAACCAGACCAACCAGACUGCUUAUCGGAUUCAACCCCACAGUUGCAUGUAGCUACAGCCAUCACUGGUGAUCAGGAUGACAGCAAACAUGACGAGAAGGAGACAUCAAACCCUUUACCAUCAGAAACAUAUGACGAAUCUCCGCCUAGUUCUGUGAUGAAUCUACUAGGUAACGCUGAAAACGUAUCAUCUUGUACCAGGGUCGCAGAGUAUCAUGAAACACCAAUUUCUCCAGUCGUUGGACAUGCCAGAUCGCCUCUAUCGCACGGUGAUGUAAUCAAAAGGACUUACUCUUCUCAUAUGACCAACGUGCUCCUACUAAGGUCUGGUGACGUGGAGUCUAACCCGGGUCCAAAUACCAAGAAUCUAACUGAACAUGAGUUAAAUCUCCUUGCUGAUGGUAUGGAUCCAUCAGACUUCAGGAAGGUGGGGCUAGCUCUAGGAUUCACUGAGGCUCAACUAAGUCGGUUUGAGAGAGAUAACACUAGCAACAUCAUGGGAGCUACGUAUAAGAUGCUUUGCGAAUGGCUGAAGAGAGUGCGAGAUUAUGAAGCGAGGGAGAAACUAUCCAACAAGUUAAAAGACAUCAAACUGGUACAGCUUGCCGACAAUGUACUGAAAGGUCAGGUUGGUGAUCACAUACCAUCACUGACGGAAGAGGAAUUCCAGAAUGUCAUAAAAGCGGUCAAAGAAUAUUAUUUAAUUCACAACUGUCAGAUUCAAGCAGAUCCACUGAACAGUGGCGUUUUAUUCAAGUUUGAUGAGAUCUUCACCAACCUAAUAAUGAUGGAAGAAAAUAAGAGGACAACAAGUAAGGCACCGCUACUCUACGCUGACUUGCUCAAGACUAAAGUCAACGGAGUUCUUCCUAAACGUUUGCUGGUUGAAGGUGAAGGAGGUGUGGGGAAGACAACUCUUUGUGCAAAGAUUGCUUGGGACUGGAUUCAUGGAGCAGGCUACCAAAAGUUCAAACUGGUACUUCUCGUCCUUCUUCGUGACGUAAGUGAUAAGACUAUUGGAGAGAUAAUAAAGUCUUACCUCCCAGACGACAUUGAGAUUACAGCCAUGCAGCUAAACAAACAUAUCUUCUCCCACCAGAAAGACGUCUUUCUUGUUCUGGACGGCCUAGACGAGUUAGCUAGUGAUCUAAACAACCCUCACCAGAUCGCCUUGAUCAUCUUAAAUCGGCUGUUCAAGUCAGGGAGAGUGCUAAUUACAUCAAGAGGAUGGAAAUCAGAUGAGAUACGGAAGAUUAGUGAGCUUAGAAAGCUCUAUGCUUUCAUUGCGGUCGAAGGUUUUUCUGCUAAUAAUCUGUCUGCCUACAUCACUAAGUUCUUCCAUCCAGACACAACUCCGGCUGAAGAUUUGAAUCGAUUCAUAUCAAACAACGAUGUGAUCAGAGAGAACAUGGCCCCAUUCCCAAUAUACACAGUAAUGCUGUGCAUCAUGUGGAAAGACUUCGACGGCGAACGGCGAAGUGCAAUGUCCAAGUUGCAAACGUUUUCCCAACUGUUUGAUGAGAUGAUCCACUUUUUAGUAGACCAUUAUCUUUCCAAGCUCGAUACGUCUGCAAUUGAUGUUGGUGGGAAAAUGGAUAGGAAACGGAAGUACAUUCUACGUCAUCUAUCCGAUAUCGGUUGUAUUGCCUUGCAGGGGCUUCAUGACAGAAAGCUAGUGUUCACUGAACAGGAGUUCCAUAGCUUAUCGGGUUCUGUGGAUACAGGUUGCCAAGUUGGGGUACUCACUAAGCAAACGCAAAGUCCUUCUCGGAGAGAGAGAAGACACCAUUCUCAUUCUGCAGUCUCAUCUGUCCAGUUCCCUCAUAAGCUGUUUCAGGAGUAUCUUUCAGGAAUGUAUCUGGCAUCUCUCCACAAUUCAGGCAGAAGCGAGUACGACAGGUUGACGAAGGAUAUAAUCGAAAAAGCGAGUGAAUUCCGUGAGCUUCUGUACUUCAUCUCCGCCCAACAAAAGGAGGUCGGAUUGGAUAUCAUAACACGUCUCAUAGCAUCAACGACAACGCGAUCAAUGGGAUAUUGGCGUAAUGAUGAUGACUUCAUUAUUGAUGUAGCAUAUGAGAGUCAAGACCAAGCAGUGGCCAAAGCUGUGGCAGAUCAUCUAUCAACUUCAUCCAGCAAGACACUUGUGAUCGCGGAGAAGAUACCGGCGCACACAGUAGCGGGACAUAUAUUUAUCAUGAAUCAUCGUAAAGUGGCAUGUGGAAAGACUGCUUCAGAGGACCUGGCUGACUUCAUGUGGUCCUCAUCCACUCUGAGAUCAGCAUGGAUCGCUAUCUCUGCAGGCCGAGUAGAGGAUAUGCAUGAAAAUUUAUCCGAGGUGCUUGCUCAUAACGCCACUCAUUCGAAGAUUGUGCGUCUUGAGAUAAAGUACAUUGAUCUCAGUCAACGUCUGUCUACAUCACGUGAUCUCGCUCAAUUCAUUUGUAAGAUGCCUAAUCUCAGGGAACUUUGUCUCGGUGGUGGAUAUGGAGACACACAUCCCUCACUUCAUGAAGAGUUCUAUUCAAUGUUGUCAUCAUUAGCACCAUCUGCAAAGAUAGAGUGUAUUGAGAUCGAGUACAUUGAUCUCAGUCAACGUCCGUCUGCAUCACGUGAUCUCGCUCAGUUCAUUUGUAAGAUGCCUAAUCUCAGGGAACUUCAUCUCGUUGAUAAAUUAGCAUUCACCAGUCCCUCACUUCAUGAAGAGUUCUAUUCAACGUUAUCAUCCUUAGCAUCAUCCGCAAAGACUGAGACACUUCGGCACGAUGGGAAUCUCAGUGAACGCCCGUCUGCAUCACGUGAUCUCGCUCAGUUCAUCUGUAAGAUGAAUCAUCUGAAGAACCUCACACUCGAUGGUAGCUAUCAUGAUGACUUCUACUCAACACUGGCAUCGAUGGCAUCAAUUGCAAAGAUUGAGACUCUUGUUCUCGAUGAGGAUCUCACUGAAAGUCCGUCUGCAUCACGUGAUCUCGCUCAGUUCAUCUGUAAGAUGAAUAAUCUGAAGAACCUCACACUCCGUGGUGAUUAUCAUGAUGACUUCUACUCAACAUUGUCAUCGAUGGCAUCAAUUGCAAAGAUUGAGACUCUUGUUCUCGAUGAGGAUCUCACUGAAAGUCCGUCUGCAUCACGUGAUCUCGCUCAGUUCAUCUGUAAGAUGAAUAAUCUGAAGAACCUCACACUCCGUGGUGAUUAUCAUGAUGACUUCUACUCAACAUUGUCAUCGAUGGCAUCAAUUGCAAAGAUUGAGACUCUUGUUCUCGAUGAGUAUCUCACUAAAAGUCCGUCUGUAUCACGUGAUCUCGCUCAGUUCAUCUGUAAGAUGAAUAAUCUGAAGAACCUCACACUCCGUGGUAAUUAUCAUGAUGACUUCUACUCAACAUUGUUAUCAAUGGCAUCAAUUGCAAAGAUUGAGACUCUUCAUCACAGUGAGAAUCUCAGUGAACGUCCGUCUGCAUCACGUGAUUUCGCUCAGUUCAUCUGUAAGUCGAAUCUUCUGGAGAAGCUCACACUCUCCGGUCAGUAUCAUGAUGUCUUCUACUCAACAUCAUUGUCGAUGGCAUCAACUGCAAAGGAUGAAUGCAACACGAGCUCAACUGUGACUGAUCUGACCGUUACUGAUUAUGCACUAGAAAGAUGGCAGGAGUGUGGUUCGAUGUUUGACAAUGUGAAGAGGAUCACCAUACAGGUAUGGGACACGAUCAGAUGUGACGUCAUCCAGAUGAUCCAUCUACCAGCAGUGACAGAGCUCACCAUUCAAACACGUUGUCUGUUUCACCCGGAUUCUCUCCACGAUGAUCCCACCUCACUACCCAAUGCUCUCCUCAAGGUCUCAUCUCAGCUUGUCAAGGUCACAUUCACAGAUCUCAACAUCGGUAACGAUCAGGCCAAACGCAUCAUUCAAGCUUUCAGAUCAACACACGAUCUAAAAAAUCUGAGGAUCCUGGGAUUCACAAGAUGUGGGACUAAUGAGAGCUUAGAUCCUUCUAGUAUUGAUUCCGAUGAUGAACAUAGGAUAAAGGUGGAGAUAGAACGUGGCAAACGGGAUCGUAAGAACUUUCCAAUAUGAAGUUGCGGCAUCAAGAUCAUGAAGAAUCAGACGAUCCUAACAUUGGCAGCACACAUGAAACACAUGGUUCUUUCGUUUCGGUUACCGUACAAUAUAUGGAAUAGUUUUAGAGGUAGAGAUGCUCCCGCUCUUGAUCAGUUAGUUUGCCAUUGUCAUGACCUAUACCAUGACGUAAUGACAUACCAUGACGUCAUGACCUACCAUGACGUAAUGACCGACAUGCAUGGGCAUUAAAAAAUGAGAAUAGAUUAACACAAAUGAUAUCAUUCUUUGGUCUCCGUAGACUCUGUCUUGGGAAAUUUAGGACAACGUAUGUUUGGAGCCAGUACAUGUAGUUCUAAAAGAUUUGCUCCGGCGACAAGCUCCGAUGCAAAAUCUGCAGGUUACGCCAUACAUGAAAUAUAAUCUGCAAAAUUCUAUAAGCCCCAAAUCGCUAUCUUUGCAUUAGUUUGAACCAAAAACUAUUAUACAAUCCUUCUCUAACCUAUGCCCUCUGAGAUAUUAAGACCGAAGCAAAUGUCGCAUGCAGGAGCAAAUGAUGUUUACCCGUUUAUUUAAGCAAUCCGUCAAUUUUUUUUUCUUAUAGCCAUAGUUUGAUAAUGGGAUAGGUCAUGCACUGGACAAGAUGCUCCACGGUGAACGGUCCUGUGCAGAGAGUAUGAGCUAACGUCCGCCCCAACGAAAAAGGGCAUAUCAAUGAGAAAGAAAAAAAAACAAUAAGACGCUGAAAAUUCGUGUAAACUGUGAUAUGAAAGAAAACAUUUGACAUUUCAAAGUUUUUGUUUCAUUUCAUUCAUUUUUUAUUUCCAACAUAUUUUAUUUUUCUUCGUACAAUAUUACAUAAUAUACAAGCAAUGAAACAGCAUAUGUUUCGUACAAAAAUUUUAGUUACGAUAAUACUACUAGCAGGUUUGAAAUGGAGGAGGCUGCUAAAAAGAAUAGCUUGUUGGGUGCAGCCUCCUCGUAAAAAAUGUUCUUAUAUAUAAUAUAUACCAAAACAAAAUACACACAAAACGACAACUUGAGCAUUCUUUUCACUUAUUGCCCCGAAGCUCAUGAAUAAUCUCCCCAUUAAUGUACGUGAGGCUUCAUCUAUUAAAACUGUUUAAGUCCCUCCUAAAACCCCCCUCUUUUAAUUAAGUUUCACUUGCCUAUUGUUCGCUUCUAUCGUGUUCUGUAUGAAAUUAUCCCCCUCAGUUAAUUUGCAUUAUCAUAUUGUGUUCAGAUUGGUUUCAUUCUGAUUGUAAGCUUAUAUAUAUUAGGAUCAUUUACAUACAUGAUUAUCGACCCGUUAUAUUUAAGCUGUAUAUUCACCGAAUAUCUCUUUAUAUAUGUUGCAUGAAGAGUUUAAAUAAUUAAAAAACACAAUCAGG